CCACCAUCCAUCCAUCCGACAACCCAUGCAUCCCAUCGUUUCUGCCGUGCAGCACGCAGCCAGCCCGUCCCUGCGUGCAUCCGGCCGACGGCAGUCUCGAAACGCCCUCCAUUGUCCGGCCCGGUCCGCCCGCCCCGUCACUCGCGCAUCGUGACGCACAUGUGCCGAGCUGUGUGCCCUGGCUUUUUAUCCUUUGCUCAGCUCGAGGAGGCGGCGCCCGCUCGCGACGAUUCGCAACUUGGGACUUGCAGAACCAGCCUCACACCACAGCCAGCAUCACGAGGCUCACAAAAUUGAGACGCACUCCCGCCUCGCGAGCCCGGACUGACAUGCUCGAGUGCAUUCUGAGCCACUAGCCACCCCUUUCACGGGGACCUUGCGUACGCCUUCACUCGAAUACGGAAGCUUCCAGGUUCUUCCUCUGUCCGCCGGCGCCCACCAUGGCGCAACCCGGCACCGUCGUGCUGCCCUUUGACCCCAAGGCGCACGCGCACCUUACCCCCUACCUAGCCGCCAUCCACGCCUCAUGCAUCACCCAAGACCGCGCCAUCGCCACCUUUCUGCCGCCGCUGUCACACGAGAAGCUGCUGUCGUGGUGGAAGGAGCGCAUCGCCGAGGUCCAUGACGGGAAGCGCCACAUCUGGAUCCUCGUCAGCCAGGGACCGCAGGACGACCCCUCCGUGACUGCCGCUGCGGCGGCGGCGACGGGCCGGCCCAGAGGCCCCGAGGUCAUGGGCGUGGUGAUGCUCGCGACGCCUGACUCGGAGACGGAGCCCUUCCGCGGCGCGGUGGAGAAGCUGCUGAUGCACAAGAGUUGGCGCAGCAAGGGCGGCGCGACGGCUCUCGUGGCGGCGCUCGAGGCCGACGCAGCGAAGCUGGGCCGGACGACACUGGUGCUGGAUACGGAAACGGGCAGCCCGGCGGAGGCGCUGUUCAGGAAGCUGGGGUACACGGAGCUGGGCAAGAUACCAAAGUACGGGCUGAGCCCGACGGGGGAGCUCAAGGACGGCACAUUCUUCUACAAGCAACUCUGACGGAUAUCCGGCGGUGGGUCAUGUGAGCUGUACAGUCGUGGCGGUGAGAGAGAACCAGCGGUGUUUAAUGCGUGGACGCAGCGAUCGGCGUGAUGACGGCCGCGAGUUGGUAACGAGGUUGGAUGCAGACUCUGGUACGAAAGCCGCAAGGUUGGUUAAUGUUGGCAGAGGUAGAAAUAAGCUCAAACAUUGCCAGGCCACGCCAAGGUACCUGAGGAGAGAGUAUCUUCGGUACGUAGAGUACA